CACCAUGUCUGAGGUCAAAUAAUCCUAUAAAUACUUAAAAGCUUAGAGGGUGAUUAGUUUCCCACUAGAGUAUAUUCAAUAUAAGUAAUGAAGCUUUACUUUACUUUUAGUUUUUUAACAGUUGGCUGCUUGCCUAAGUUUUUACACAGCUGAUAGUAUUGAAGUGGGAAAUAUGUAUCCCAUUGUCACUUCUGAAUAUCAACCUUUCUUGUGUUUGAAGCUAACCUGCAAACAGUUUGUUGUUUUGUCUGCCAGUGUGUCAUCAAAUUAAAUCUCCAAGUUGAGCGCAUUAUGGAGGAAAAUGAAAUUGCGGAGCUGCUGGAUUGUGACAUCUCCUUCGAACAGACAAUCUUCUCAGACAUCGAAGGGGAUUCAGAUACUGAGGACAACUUGGUAACAACCUUUUCUACUAGAAGGACAUCCACGCCGAUUCCUAGUCCUGUAACUUCAACAGAGACUCAAACUCCUGGUAACGAUGUAACAGAGACAGGUACGAUUAUACGUAACCAAACUUCGGAGUUUCCACCUUCAUCUGCACUCUCUGGCACAGAUACACCUAAUCCUGAACUAAAUAUAGGCCUAACUUGUGGUUUGUCACCCAUUACACCUUCUACAAGUAAAUGUGUCACAAGGAAAAGAAAACCAGUGAACAAAACUCACAUGUCUAUCCUCACCGAUAGCAGCAGUGAUAGCAAUAUGUACGAUUCUGACGCUGAUCCAGAGUUUAUUCCUGAUCCUGAUAGAGGUCUGAGAAAUAAACGAAAGAGAAGAUUUCCUCUUAUUUAUUGCACUGAAUCAUCUGAUGAUGAAUUAGAACAAAAAAAACUCAGGCCUUCUCUAGAUAUUGGUAAUGAAAAUGCAAUAAUUAUUGGUCCAAAAGCAAACACUAAUAGUAAUAACACUAAGCCUAAACAAUUUUCAAAAAAACAUAUCUCAUCUAAAUAUAAAAACACAAUGCCUACUGUAAAAAAUCAAAAAGGAAAAAAAUACCAUUGGAAAAAAAUUGCCAAUAAUCCCAACAAAUUUACGUCGUAUGAAUACAAACAAAAGUUUGGUUUGAAUGUAACUCUACCUUCACAUGAGCCUUCAGAUAUAUUCAAAUUGAUAUUUGAUAAUGAAAUUUGUACAACUAUUGUACAACAAUCUAAUCUUUAUGCUUUACAGCAAAAAACUACUUUAGAUUUGACAUUGCCUGAACUAGAUGCAUUUUUUGGAUUGCAAGCCUACCAUCAAUAAAAAUGUUUUGGAGCGAUGAUGAAAAUUUUCACGUGCACCGCAUUGCAAGAGUGAUGCCAAUGAAGCGUUUUCUGAAAAUACUCAGAUUCCUGCACUUGAAUGAUAAUGAAAAAAUGCUUCCUGUAGAGUCCCCAGAUUUUGAUAAAUUGUUCAAGAUUAGGCCCUUGAUAGACCACCUGAAAACCAAAUAUUUAGUACUUUUCUCGCCUUCCAGGAACCUUGCAGUAGAUGAAAGCAUGGUUGCAUUCAAGGGUAGAACAUCGUUAAAACAAUUUAUGCCAAAAAAACCAAUAAAAAGAGGUUUUAAAAUUUGGGUUUGCGCCUGUUCUGAAACAGGUUAUGUUCUGACCUUUCAAGUCUACACAGGAAAGAAAAAAGAUGGGUCUCCGGAAGAAAAACUGGGAGAGAGAGUAGUCUUAGAUCUUACUACACCCUACCUUGGCUUAGGCCAUUGCGUUUAUUACGAUAACUUUUUCAGCUCAGUGGCAUUGACUAACAAACUUUUAGAAGAAGAUACAUUUUCAUGUGCCACAAUUCUUCCCAACAGAGUUGAAUAUCCUGUUGAGGAACUAAAAAAGGAUAAGGAAAUACCUACACAUCAGCAUGAUUUCGCACAGUGUGGAGAUAUUAGCAUUACAAAAUGGGCUGACCGAGGGAAGAAAUGUGUUUCGGUUAUAUCAAGUAUGUGUAACCCAUCCGAAACAGUCAAAGUUAUGCGAUCUAAUGGAAAAGGAGAGAGAGAGGAAGUAACCUGCCCAUCUGCUGUGUCCCAAUAUAAUAAGUAUAUGGGAGGGGUAGAUCGGUUUGAUCAGCAUAUGGCUAAUUAUAGUGUAGCUCAAAAAUCUAUAAGAUGGUGGGUCAAGUUGUUUUACUUCUUUUUUGAAUCGGCUAUUGUAAAUAGCUUCACUAUGUAUGUUCAGGACUGUAAAGCUUCUGGUAUAAAACCAAUAAACCACCUGAGGUACAGAUCAAAGUUGGUAAACCAGCUUAUUGGUACUUUUACCUCCAGGAGAAAAAUUGGCUACACACCUGGUAAAUCCAGAGCCCGCAAGAAACACAGUCCUAGUGGCCGACCAACAAUCCAGAACUCAAUUAGGUUAUCCAAUGUAGGAAACCAUCUUCCUCAACUAAUACAAAAAUAUCGCAGGUGUGCUCACUGUUCAACAAAAGCCAAAGAAAAGCGAAGCAACAUGAUCUGCUCCGGCUGCAAUGUCGCACUAUGCAAGGGCUGCUUUUCCUUAUUCCACAAGACCAUGUAACCUUUGACCAUUUUGCAACAACAUACGUGUAAAAAUGAGUGUUUUGUGUGUUUUGUUUCAUAUGAAUAAGUAAAGUGAGUGUUAUUGUUUUCAGUUGUAUUAGAUUAGGUCAGUAUCUACAAUGUUGCUUCAUAUUGAUUUGACAAGAAUUGUUAUCGCGACCAUGCUAUUCUAGGAAUACUGAUAUUUUCCAUAGUAUUUAUACUGUAUGCAAUAAACAUUCACUAUGAUCCUUUUA